GGCGCGUGGAUGUUUUGCACGCAUGAGUCUGCCGGCAGAUUUUCAAAAUGCACUGAUUGUGGGCUAGGCAUACUAGAAGAUGGAGGAUCAUACUUAUUCUCGAGAGGAGCCAAAACGAGAAUUACACAGGGAACGAAUAUUAAAGAGGGAACGCGAUAAGAGGCACAACAAAACAAGGGUGAACCUUGGAGUGGCUUUUCACAGAUGGAAAAAAAUCAUGAGCAGCAAAGGUUUUAAAAGAGACACCGAAGUUGCCUGCUUUCUUCUCGACAGCCAUGCUGGUGCAGGCGAGGUGGUGGUGCAGUUGGAAUGCCUGCUGCAGCUGUUCCAGAGGUGCUUUGAGUGCUGCAGCGCAUGCAGCAUCCGUAAGAGGCGUGAGGGAAGGGUCUUCAACGUGACGCAGAACUGCCAGCAGUGUCAAGCCAAUAGAAAGUGGAGAAGCCAUGAACCUGAACAGACCAUCAGAGACCCAGCAAGCAACCAAGAGGUUGCUGAGGAGACGGUGCUGUUGUCUUUUGGGGACUCUGGAACUGACGAAGAAGCCAUAGAUCGCAUUGGGGACACAGAAUCUGAGGAGGAGGAUGAAGUCCAAGUUCAGGACGCAUUGAGCCAAAGGAAGGACAAUGAAGAAGACAAGGAAAUCAGAGGUCUCCAAUAUGAGAACAGUUCAAAGGACUCUGGCCACAUUAAGACAGAAAAGGAGGAAACAGUGGCCAUCUCCCAUGUGCUGUUAGAGUCUAUCCAGGAGGAGGAACAGGACCCCAGGAGCCCCACUGCAGAGGCUGAACUGGCCCCGACAAACACUUCAAUGCAGGUGAAUGACUCUUUCAUCCAUACACCUGAGGCGACAGUCAACAGGUUAAACGGCGAGAAGAUUGUUGUGAAAAUGGAGGUGGAAAACGACGUUGAAGUGAAUGUGCAAGCUGGAGGAGAAGACUGUGAUGAGGGUGGCAUAGAUGUAGAGGAAGAAGAGAACGAACAAGGAGAAGAAGAGUUAGAGAUGCAGGACAGUGAUGAUGAAGAGUAUGGUGCUGGAGAUCAUGAGGAGGAUGAUGUUGAUUGGCAUCCGGGCUCUGCAGGAUGUUCCGUUCCCUAUCCGGACAAAAACAGCUGGUCACUUCGGAAGAGCAAUCAGUCGGAGCCAGAGAUCCUCCUGCCACUGGCGUGGUGUUCUGUGUGUGCCUCUGGGUUUAAGCAUGACUGCUUCAGACAGCGCCACAGCCGACUCUAUGGAUGCCUCAAAUGUGGCACCAAAACACAGAUGGGGAAAGAUGGAGAAAUAGCAGAGGUAACUGCCACCAACAACCAAGGAACCUGCACUAACCAGGAGUCCAGCACCUAUAACAAUCAGACCGUCUCUGAUGGUGAUGGACACAAGAGCACCUGCGGUUCAAAACAAUGUCUUGCAAGUGAUGGCAGCCAAGAGAGUGCCAGUGCAAAUAAGCAAGGGCUAACCUCUAGUAAUGGCAACCAAGAAGCCUCCAGCAUUACAGACAACGUGAAUGUUACUGCAGGGGGUUUGCACAAUGACGUCCAGGGACAAAUUCAUGGAAGCCACACUGAGACCACCCAAAAUGGCCACCAGGAAGAAGCCUCUUGUAGAAACCCUGAGCGAGCCCCUGAUAAAGAGAACUCUCGGUCACUACACAUUGACAAACUGGCUGUCCUUUUCAAGAGUCUCAAUGACUUCAAAAUCCAUGCUAUGCAGUGGCAUGGCAUAACAGAGUUUCGAGACCUCUGCACGGACUGUGGGAAGUUCAUCAACAUGGUCAACAGGGUCGACGGUGGACCCAGUCACAUCUGUGAGCACAAAGCAAAGCCUAUCAUCUGUCCCAACUGUGGCAAAGGGUUUGCCACUGAGAUUGGACUCCAAACACACAUCAAUCGAAUCCACAAUGAGAAGUACAUACUCACCUGUCGCUACUGCCUCAAGGCUUUUAAGUCCCCUGAAGACAAGGGGGAGCAUGAGGAGAGCCAUGUAGAAGAGCUGCUGAAGUACCACUGCCCUCACUGCUCCCUACGCUUUGCAGACCGCCCCAGUUGGUGCGCCCACAGGAAGAGCCAUUGGCCCAAUGGGAAGCACAUCUGUGAGGUCUGUAGUAAGGGCUUCCGUUUUGCUGGUGUGCUCGAGAGACACAUGGCUGUCCACACGGGACAGAGGCCCUACAGCUGUAAGCUGUGCGACCGCUCCUUCAACCAGCCAGGUCACCUCAAGUCCCACAUGCGCCUCCACACAGGGGAGAAACCCUUCAAGUGUCAGGACUGUGGGGAGUGCUUCAACCACAACGUCAGCCUUAAGAACCACAUCCAGCGCCACCAUGGACCAGGAGCUGAAGAGGGGAACAGCAGAAAAGGAGGAAAAGGUAGAAUGAGAAGGAAAAAAAGAAACAGUUGAAAUUCUUAAUGCUAAUGAGAUGUUCAGGACAAUACUGAGAAGGUUGAGGAAAGUCUGGCUUAUCUGUUCUGAGUUGUACGCCUGUUCAAGAUGUUCUGGGAGAAAUGAAAGGAUGGCACUUUCUGGAAUUUUGCCGAGAGAUCUACUGUGUAGCUGAGCCUCUGUAAAGGUUGGAAAUCCCAAGGCGAGAAGGUUGUGCAGUUCCCAUGUCUAUUAUAGGAGGAUUUGGACUGAGAAUAGCAGCACAAGGUGUUCAGAGAGGAUGGCUACAGAAAGGGCUGUAGCCACCCUAGUCUUGUAUUACAAUAGUUAAUACUAGUUUUGUAUUACAAUUGUUUUUUAGUAAAAAAUACAUCUUUCCUAAUUUCAACUGUUUCGACUGUUCUGACUGGUUGUUCUCAUUCUCCUUUCCUGAAAGAUACUGUAACU